AACAUACAAAAUAGCCCCCAAGAUUUUUACUAAUAAUGGCGCUGCGUGCGACGGUGGUACGGUUUCCGUCGGAUCCGGACGCGCAGGAAUCGUCGGGGCUGCCGUGGGGAGUGACGGUAACACCGUUCGCCUCCAAGGACGAGAACGGUAACUCGCCGGUGUACGGAUCGGGAGGAGAUUUGAUUCCUAGGUGCGAGAAUUGCUGGGCGUACUACAACACGUACUGUGACCAAGACCAGUGGGCGUGGACUUGUUCCCUCUGUGGAACCCUAAAUGGCCUCUCCUCUGAAACAAUUGCUCGUUACUCUCUUCCUGAAUCUGCCCCGGAGAAUAUGUCUUCCUUCGUCGACCUGGAAUUGCCCUUGGAAGGUUCUGAGGAGGAUAUGCAAGCCCGGCCUGUUUAUGUUGCCGCUAUUGAUUUGGCAUCCUCAGAAGAGUUUUUAGAACUUACGAAAAGUGCUUUGUUAGCUGCUUUGGAAGCUCUUGCGCCAGGGUCUCUUUUUGGGCUUGCUACAUUCAGCCACAAAUUAGGUUUGUAUGAUGUGCAAGGACCUAUUCCGGUGGUGAAAAAUGUCUUUCUACCCCAGGACUCUGAUGGAACCUUGCCGAUCGAGCUUGAAGAUGCCAUGCCAUUGUUUUCUUUUUUGGCUCCAGUAGAAACAUGCAAGGACCGUAUUGCAUCUGCACUAGAAACUUUAAGACCAACGUCAUCUUGGGACGGUACAGGUUCUGGACAAGGAUUAGAUAGAAUUUUGCUGGGGGGACGAGGUUUUGGGCUGGCAAUGGAAACACUUAUCUCAUACCUUGGAUCUGAACAUGGCAACACUUUUGCAUUAGCCAGAAUAUUUGCUUUUCUAUCUGGACCUCCUGAUUAUGGACCUGGCCAACUGGACACAAGAAGAUAUGGUGAGCAAUAUGCUAGUAAAGGAGAGGAUGCUGAGCUUGCUUUACUUCCUGAGCAGACACCAUUUUACAAAGAUUUGGCUGCUGUCGCUGUUCAAGCAGGUGUUUGCAUAGACAUACUUGCUGUUACAAAUGAGUACACAGACUUGGCAUCUUUGAAGUUUCUUAGUAUUGAUAGUGGAGGCUCAUUGUUUCUUUACCCAAAUACUGAUGAUUCAACACUUCCUCAAGACAUGUACCGGAUGUUAAGUCGUCCAUACGCCUUUAAUUGUAUCAUGCGGUUGAGGACAUCGUCUGAAUUCAAACCUGGGAAUUCGUAUGGUCAUUUCUUCCCUGAUCCACAGUACGAAAAUGUGCAACAUGUUAUUUGUUGUGAUUCGUAUGCUACAUAUGCUUAUGACUUUGAUUUUGAAAAUAAUCAUGGGUUUUCCAGACACACUUCUGAGCUCCCAAUGCUACAGUUGGCUUUCCAGUAUACUGUUGUUGUGUCCCCACAGGAACUUCCAACUUCAGGAUCAGGCUUGACGAGUAGAUCGAAGUAUACCAUUAAAAGGCGCCUUAGAAUUCGAACUAUGCAGUUCGGGGUUGCUCAUAACAUCAAUGAGCUAUAUGAUAGUGUCGAGCAUGAAGUUGUUCUUUCAAUACUUGUUCACAAGGUCAUACUAGCCUCACUUAGUGAAGGAGUUCGAGAAGGCAGGAUGUUACUACAUGAUUGGCUUGUAAUUCUUACAGCUCAAUAUAAUGAUGCAUGCAAAACUGUUGCCAAUGGGUAUGGGAGUUCAAUAGGCUCACUUAUCGAUGUGACGUUCUCUCAAUGUCCACAAUUACAGCCUUUACCUCGACUAGUCUUUGCUUUGCUUCGAAAUCCUCUUCUGCGUUUCCAUGAAGAAGGCAUUCACCCAGAUUACCGGAUAUACCUUCAAUGUUUGUUCAGUGGUCUUGAACCAAGUUCUCUUCACCGUGCAAUAUAUCCUCUAUUGACAUCAUAUGCAACUCCUGAUAAAUUGGCAUAUCCUCGUCAUUCGUUGAGCCGUGCUGCAUUGCUGACAAGUGAAAGUCCUAUAUUCUUCCUUGAUGCAUUCACAACCCUCAUUGUAUUUUAUUCCUCUACAGCCGACCCUACACUUCCUUAUCCUCCACCACAUGACUGUUUAUUGAGAACGACAAUAAACAAACUGAAGCAAGAGAGAAGCAUGACUCCUAGACUGAUGUUUAUUAGAGGGGGCCAAGAAGAUCCCACCCCAUUUGAGAACUAUCUAAUUGAAGAACAGGAUGUUGAUGGAAGUGGGUUUGCAAGCGUUAUGGGGUUUGUUUCUUUCCUCGAGGAGGUCAGCCAGAGUGUGCUAGAAUACAUGAAAUAGAAGAUCUGUACAUAUUGCUCUCAUCACAUGGCAUGGGUUCCCCCAAUCUGAAUGAGGAACAAGAUCCCUAAACAGUUGUUGCAAAAUGAAUCAUACAGAGAGCUCAUCAUUUUUGCAGGUACGUUUAUUCAGACAAGCUUUGUGUAAUAAGGGCUCAUUUAACAACUGCCCUGUCUUGUAUUUAGUACUUAGAUAUCAGAAUUAAAGUUAUACACAUUGUUUUGGAAAAACUAAGAUGGGUUUCUGUUAUAUACCUUCACUUGCAAAGGAGUCUUGUUUA